AUCAGCUACAUGUAUUUGUAUUGUAUUCAGUCUCCCAUCAGCUACAUGUAUUUGUAUUGUAUUCAGUCUCCCAUCAGCUACAUGUAUUUGUAUUGUAUUCAGUCUCCCAUCAGCUACAUGUAUUUAUAUUGUAUUCAGUCUCCCAUCAGCUACAUGUAUUUAUAUUGUAUUCAGUCUCCCAUCAGCUACAUGUAUUUGUAUUGUAUUCACUACAUGUAUUUGUAUUGUAUUCACUCUCCCAUCAGCUACAUGUAUUUGUAUUGUAUUCACUCUCCCAUCAGCUACAUGUAUUUGUAUUGUAUUCACUCUCCCAUCAGCUACAUGUAUUUGUAUUGUAUUCACUCUCCCAUCAGCUACAUGUAUUUGUAUUUGUGUUGUAUUCACUCUCCCAUCAGCUACAUGUAUUUGUAUUGUAUUCAGUCUCCCAUCUACACGCUGAUUUGCCACUCUAUCACACUGUACAAUUUCAAUGUUAACUAG